AUGGAUAGCAACGAGCACCGAGGUUAUGAGGGCUAUAACUGCUACAGCACCGGCAGCAGUACCCCCGCAUCUGUGGGGCCCUACACCUUCAGCGGGUCCUGGGGGGCCACAAAGCCCGGUGUUGGGGGGGGUGCGGUCGGUGGGGCUCCCGGCAACGGCGGGAAGCAUUCCGAGAGCCCGGACUCCAUCAUCGCCAAAAUCAACCAGCGCCUGGACCUGCUGUCCCGGGACAACGGGGGGAAAGAGAGCCAGGAAAGCUCCUUCAGUUUUGAGGCCUUCCAGUCCUACAUGGCGGCCGAUACUGAGCCGUACCGCUACAGCGAGGAGACGACCGGGACCGGGGAGCGCACAGGGGAACUGCCACAGACCCCCGAAAACCACACCCCCAGCCGGCCGGGCAAGGGUGGGGGCGGCCGGCGAGGGCAAGGUUAUGAGGGCUAUGACUGCUACAGCACCGGCAGCAGUACCCCCGCAUCCGUGGGGCCCUACACCUUCAGCGGGUCCUGGGGGGCCACAAAGCCCGGUGUUGGGGGGGGUGCGGUCGGUGGGGCUCCCGGCAACGGCGGGAAGCAUUCCGAGAGCCCGGACUCCAUCAUCGCCAAAAUCAACCAGCGCCUGGACCUGCUGUCCCGGGACAACGGGGGGAAAGAGAGCCAGGAAAGCUCCUUCAGUUUUGAGGCCUUCCAGUCCUACAUGGCGGCCGAUACUGAGCCUUACCGCUACAGUGAGGAGACGACCGGGACCGGGGAGCGCACAGGGGAACCGCCACAGACCCCCGAAAACCACACCCCCAGCCGGCCGGGCAAGGGUGGGGGCGGCCGGCGAGGCGUCUGUCCGCCCGCUGGAACGAACUCAACUACAUGGGGCCCCACCCUGGCAUGGGGCCCCAACCUGGCAUGGGGCCCCGGGGGCCCGGCCGGCUGCCCCCUCUUCCCCCCGGCCGCCACCUCCCCCGCCCGACUACCACCCGGCAUGCCCGGCCCCGCGCCCCACCACCCCCUGCCGCCCCACGGCAUGAUGGGAGGGCGCUACCCGCCCUUCGCCCCCUACACCCCCUACGGGCCCUCCGGGGGCCCCGGGCCCUGGCAGAGACCCGGGAGGAAGCGGACGCGCUCGGAGAGAGAAGGCAAGAAGGGGAGAGGCGGCGGCGGCGGCGGCGGCAAGAACAGCGACGAGAAGAAGAAACAACGCCGAGCGGAGUCUGAGGGGGAGGAGUCAGAGCACAAGGAAGACGAUGACGACAAUGGUGAUGGGGUGCCAGAGGAGGGGACAGGGGAAGAGGUGGAAAAGAAACAGAGGGUUGGGGGUGAGGAAGAGGUGGAGGAAGAGCCGAAGAAGAAGAGCAGAGGGCGCCGGAGUAAAGAGAAACAGCAGAAAGAGAGGUCCAAGAUGCUGUUCGCCUGCUCGCUCUGCAAGUUCAGGACGGCGGAUGAGUCGGAGAUCAGCGGCCACCUGGAGAGCCGGCUGCACAAGGAGAUCAUCAGCUUCCUGGAGAGCAGGAUGCCCGAGGGGACCACCAAGUUCCUGCAGGAGUAUACAGUGUAUCGGAACAAGAAGAUUCUGAAGAAGAGACAGGAUGUGUUUGAUAAGGAUGGACAGAGACCAGACCCUUUCAGAGACUUGGCGCAGGAUGAGUUCUGCCGGCGCAUUGAGGCGGCGCACUGCAUGGCGUGUGACAUGGUGAUCCCGGGCCAGCACCACCUGCUGCAGCAGCACCUCGCCUCCAAGGAGCACCAGAGGAACCGCAAGGCCAUCACUGACCAGUUCAAGAUGUCCAGUGUGCAAAUAGCCAAGAGCAUCCUGAGCAACAAGAACAUCAGCGACAUGAUGGAGAAACAUUUAAGGGGAGAAGACCCCUUCACGGAAGAGGUGGAGGAGGAGGGCGCGGCACCAGCGGGCGAAGGAACGAGUGAAAAAGAGCGAGAGACGGAGGGAGCGGGAGGGGCGAGCGAUGUAGCGGAGACGAGUACAGAGGACAUCCUACAGGGAGGGGGGGUGGAGGGCAACGGGGAGGGGGAGGGGCAGGUGGGGGGAGAAGGGGAGGGAGAGGGGCAGGUGGGGGGAGAAGGGGAGGUGGGGGGAGAAGAAGAGGGGUACUCAGAAAAUGAUAUAGAAGAGGAGGAGGAUGAAGAUGAGGAGAAUCCAAUGGCCUAGUGGGGUAGAUGGGAUUCUGCCCUGUUUGUUUUUUUUUUUUUUUUAGUUUAGUCCUGUCCUCUGCCGGCUGUUUUGAACUGUCGUUUGUUUGGAACGGCCUUCUGGGAGUUCCGGUAGCUGGAGGUGCGGUGUGAGGAGGGAGCGGCGUUUCCACAGUCCGUACGGUGUCGCUGUUUCCCCUGGAGACGGCCUUCGCGUCCGCCGCCACCACCGCCGCCGCUGCUUCUGGGUUUUAUGAAGGUUCUGGGGUCCGGGGUCCGGAGCCGGGUUUCGUCCGCUCUCCAGGGCACUGGGAGAUCUCCGGUCGAUUCAGGGCGGACGUCUGUCGCUGUUGGACGGGUGAUUUAUGGCCGGAAGGUUCUCUGCAGCGUUCUCCAGAAGUAUUUCACCUGGAAAAGGUGGAUGUAUUUCACCUGGAUGCCUACAGGGUUAUUUAAUAAAGCAGAAUUAAGUUUGCCAGCAACUGUCAGAAGUACUUUUGAAUGAAUUUAGGAUUUCAUCCAGUUUGUGUGCUAACCGCCUGACGUCCAGAUACAACACUGCAGCUUUGUGUUUUUUUUUUAUUUUUUUUUUAAAUAUUGCUGUUUGCAGUUUUCUGGAAGAGGAGCGUUUGGUUCAGUUUCUGGGUUUUCUAUGCAGAGAGUAAUGCAUUAUUAUGACGAUAAUCGUAGUCUUUCCAGUUCUACUUGUACCAAAACUGCGUUUGAGUGUCCCAAGUGGCAAGGUUUGUAAAUAUGAGAUGUAAAUAAGGUAAAAUUUGUCCAGUUUGCAUAAAAAAGACCAUUCUUAUAAUUUAACUAUUUUAUGGAGUUGCUCAGAACAGGAACCAGGAGACUAAAUAGUCCUAAUUUUCUCUUUUUGUUCAGUUGUUUAUCCAUAACUGCUGAGCUACACGUCUUCACUGAGAAUAUUAUUUUGUCUCACUUUCAGCUGAUUCCCCACAUUAUGCACAUGCAGUAAGAACGUGGCUGAGAACAGGUCAGUCGAGAGAUUUAGGGCCCUAUUCGUGUAUUGUAGGUUUUCAUCUCACUUGUGCACUGGUUUCUGUUCAUUUCACACGCUGGCAAAUCCAUGGUGUUGUGCUCUAAGUGAACAGUAUGAAAGCUAAAAGCUAUACGUUGCCAAAUUAGUCACUUGGGCUGAUUCGAUUAAAGACAGAGCAGCAGAGCCACUGUUUCCAUUUUCCUUUGGUAUGUUUUCAGAUGCACUCCUUCCUCUAAUUGCACCCGGACAGUUGAAGUGAAAACUUCUGUCCCAAAUACGGAGGUGGACGAAACUGGACAUGUCCUGGACUUGUACUCUUUCUUUCUUUCUGUUUGCUUUUCUCUCUCUUUCUGAGCCCUUUGACUUCUUCCCUCUUUCAGUUGGGUCAGUUCCUGGAAUGUGAACAUUGCUACUGUAUACUGUUGAUUCCUCUACUGUGUACAUAUACAAAAACAUAUAUACAUGAACUAGUGUGUAAAUAUGUGUAUAUAUGCGCACACUCGCUGGUUAAGUAAAUACAAGGAGUGAGUCUUCCCCCUAUUUAAAAAAAAUAAAUUAAAUUUCUCUACUUUCAGAUGUGAAAAUGGAAAAAAUAGCCGGCAGUCUUUGCAGCGUUCCCCUGGUUACUGUCCUUAAACAGGGUUUUUUUGGUCUUUGGGUCAUUUCAUUGGCAGACACAUUCGCUGAAGGCCAAAGCCCCGCCCUUGCCAUGCACAUCAGUUUGAGCCAGCCCCUCUUAUUCUAAUGCCCUCUGUGAGAAAAUAAUCGCCUUCCAGAGACGCUUCGCAUUUUUAUUUUUUUGCACCUUGAGGGCUCGGUUUCAGGCUGUUUGAAAUGAACUGUCGACCAGGAAAAGUUCAAUAAACAGGGUUGAUUUGAAA